AUGUUUUUCAACAAUCCUGAAACAAAGGUUCUCGUGGAGACUGCUAUAAAAUUUGAACAGAAAAAGGUAAUAUGCAGUACUAUAUCAUACUUAUCAAUGACAACUUACUGAAAACUUAUAUAGACCUUUUAUUAACCGACAAAAUGGAGCUAAUACUGAUGUUUAUUAUAUGGCUUCCUGUUUCCGAGACCGGAAACAAGUGCGGGACACGCGAUUUGAAAGGCAUUUGACAGGAAUUAAAAAAGAAAGUUUUUAUCGGUCACGAAAACAAUAGCACAGACAAAGGCUAAGGGAAGUGAAAACAAAUGCGUCGUGUUUAACUAUUAGCACUAUUAAACUAAGAGCGCUGUAAGUUGUAGCUCGCUAAAGUUAAAGCUUAACGCUUGAAUAUUUUGGAAGCUGGGCAAUUUGUCUGUCUCAGAAACUCUUCCAUCUUGCUUUUGUUGGUCUUUGCAAAAACACUGCAAAGGGCAAAGAAGCUUGUCAAGGUUCGCUCGUUAAUUUUCUUGAGCAAAAACGUAUUGAAUCCCUGAUCGACAGUGCAAUGUCGUCUUUUUAUUGUGAUCUGUGUUAAAGAUUUCAAACACUGACUAGAAUCUUUGUAAUGCGUUUAGAUUAAAAUUUGGAAGGACGAAGUCAACAUCCCAGUACUCAGGAUUUACAGAUAUAUCUCAACUUUCUUUGCGCAUGAUUUUUUUUUCCAGAUAAAAAGAUUUAGAGCUUCAAAAUAACCAUUUAGUUUCAGAGUUUUCAGGUUCGUAAAGUACGUUAAUAUGGGCUACAAACUUACCAAUCGUAGGGCGGGAACAGACUUUGCAUAUAAUAUUAAGGAUGUGUAUUUUGCUUUGCAGUUCUUCGAUCACCCUGUCAUCAUAGACUUUCUGAAGGAUAGUUGGUAUGGUGGUUGCUAUCAAUACGAAUUACCAAGACGAUGGUGGUUUUUCCUUUCCGUUUGCUGUCUAUUCGAUGUUUUCAUUUUCCCGCUUAUAUCUCUCCUCAUCUUUGUUGUAGGUAAUAGAGUUUAUUAAAUAGGAUUCCAUAAAGUAUCACUUAGUUAGGGUUCGAUUCCCGGUCAAUCCUAUAUUUUCAGGGUCUUUUUCAAGUGCUUUAGUUGUUCAUUCUUCUGCAAAAAUCAAGGUCACUUUCAUAUCUUUGUCCGCAAUUUAAAAUAUAAUUAUUUUCAUCGAUUUCAAUUCAUUCCUUCCAUCGUUACCAGCUUCCUUCUGUUUAGAUCUCACGUUUGCAUUCUGUCUGAUCUUAUUCCAGUUUACAAGUCCUGCUCAAUACCUUAUUACUAACACUGCCCAGGUGUUUACUACUUAACACUGUAUUUACUCCAUUCAACUUCCUUUAGCGUUCUCACAUAUUCUCGGUCGGGGGAUCCCGGCUUAUGUUUCAUUUCCCGAUGCAUCAUCAUGCCAUCAUCCCGAAAGACCGUUAAUUACUUACAUACAUCAACGUCGACUGUUUUCAUUUUCUCUCCACCUCUAUUCGACUAUUCUCACAAACUUGAGAAUCAUUCCUUUCUUCACAACGAAAAGCAACACCCGUCUUUAAGUCUUUAGACCAAACUUACAUGAUUAAACGAGACUUACCUGUAAGUGGAAGUUUGAUCGAGAUUCUAUCUUGUGAUCAGUCCGGAACGAAGGAGUCACAUGAGAUGUGCAUGCGCAUUACUAGUCAGUCUUUAAAGUGAGUGGUACAGGAAAAAAGGAACGAAGGAGGAAGGGAGGGAGGGAAUAAGGGCAUGUGACUCCUUCGUUCAGUCUACGUCACUACGAAGUCACAUGAGAUUUCAAAGUCCUGUAACACGAACAAGUAAUACAAGUAAAACAAAAUUUUAUUAAGGAAAAUAAAAUCCCAAACGAAAACAAAACAAGAAUACAAGAUACAAAGUAGCACAUCACUUGGCACUUAGAUUCAACAGUACCGAGCCAAAGUUAGCUGAAGUAUUGGACACUGGCUUAUCAUAGAACUUCGCAAAGAUACUCGCAGUUGACCAGCCUGCGCUCUUCAUAAUUUCAGCAAUGUUCAAACCCUUAACCUUAACAUUAGAAGUAGAAGCAGCCCUGCAGCUAUGAGCAGAGUACUUAGUUAUGUCAAUCCCUGCAGAUUGCAAAACUUGCUUAACCCAUUUGGGAACAGUGUCCCUAGCUACUUGCUUAAAGGGUUUGACAUAGCUUAAUAAUAACUGAGAAUGAUCUUUACAUUCCCUCAAAUGUUGCACAACACAAAGUUCCUUGUCCUCUGGAAAAGACAAUAGUUCUGUAGGCUCUAAAUGUCUGCCUGGUUUAGUCUGCUUUAGCUUCUCAUGGAGAGAAAUUCUAAACCGAUCAUCCAAGUCCUGUAUGUAGUUAAUGUCAAACUUAUGAAUGGUUUGUCCACGCUGGCCAGUGGUAAGACACAGCGACAUGGUUAACUUGAGCGUGAGUUCAUUAAGCGGUAAAGCACUUGAAGCACCAAAGGUCUUCAAAUGAUCCAAGACAACGCGAACAUCCAA